AUGGCUGGCGUCGACAAACUUUCCGUCGGCCUGGAGCGUCUCAGCGCCAUGUCCAGUAUGCACUACAAUGCAGAACACGACUUGUCCUACACGAGCGACAGCACACCUGCAAAACGGGAUUCGUCCAAUGUGGAAAACGGCGCAUUGCGGAAGGGUGAGCCGCUUGCACUGCUAUCCGUAGAGUGCAUCGGACUGCUAGCUCAGUACGCUGGCGUUGGAUUCCUCACGGGUAUCAUCCCGGGCGUCAUCUACCCCGUCCUCCAGGGAUAUUUGAAUGCCGAAGGCACGACAGUCGUGUCUGCGACUGUGCUCGUGCAGAUCCCGUGGUGCUACAAAAUGUUCUUUGGCGUGAUCAGUGACUGCUUUCCGAUCAUGGGCUAUCGCCGUCGUCCGUACAUGGUCAUAGGCUGGGCCUUUUGUGUCAUGAUGCUUCUGGUCAUGGCAGCAAUGGACAUCCCUGAUCCAUACUACGGCGACGCUGCCAUGCACUUCAUUGACAAAGACAAGUGGACACGCGACCAAAUCGCGAGCAUCAACGCCCAUGCCCCGAAUUCCGCGGCCAAGUACGUGGUGCCCAUGAUGCUUGCGUCGUUUGGCUACCUGCUGUGUGAAGUGGCGGCUGAUGCCAUGAUUGUCGAGUACGCGCAACGCGAGCCCAUUGAGCAGCGUGGGCGAGUGCAGACCGCCGUCUAUACGGUCAAGACGUCGUUUACUGCAGUGGGUGCCGCUGUCAUUGCUUUCUUCAUGAACGGAGAAGAGUAUGCCGGGUCGUUCAGCUUCUCGCUCUCGUUCCAGCACCUGAUGAUGAUCACGGGCAUCGUCUGCGCGCCGUUGGUUUUCGUGUCGUGGCUUUUGCUCGUCGAAGAACGAGUUCGCGACAAACCGUCGUUCAAGCAGUACAUGCUGUCGUUCUGGACGUUGUUCCAGCAACGCGCCAUCUAUCAGAUCGUGGCGUACAAGUUCUUCUCGGGCGUCUUGAACAGUUUCAACAUUGUCUCGUCUAGCAACAUCAAGCUGUACUGGGUUCACGCGACUCCUUUCAACAACAGUUUCAUGACCAUCGUGGGCACUGUCUUCUAUGCCAUCACGCUGACCUUGACCGGCAAGUACGGACUUGACUGGAACUGGCGAACGAUCAUUAUUGUCACAAUGUGCGGCGCGCUGUCAAUCGAUGCGUUCAUGACAAUGUUCACUGUGUGGGACGUGGUGCGAAACCAAUGGUUCUGGCUCGGCGUGCCUAUGAUCGAGUACUUGCCCGACGGCGUUCGCUUCAUGAUCGCCAAUUACGUAGUAGUAGAGCUGGCUGAAGCCGGGUAUGAAGGUGCAUUGUAUGGCCUGCUGACUGCUACGACGAACCUCACGACCCCUUUCGGUCGCUCCAUGGCCAAGCUAGUGAAUGCUCAAUUCCAUGUCUGGCUUAGCGAUAUCCAAGCCGAUACGACGUUGGUGCGUCGCGACGUGACCAUUACCAUCUGGAUCUGCUAUGGCAUGAAGUUGCUGUCGCUGGCGCUUUUGCCACUGCUACCUCGCCAGAAGGCGGAGACGCAGGACCUGAAGCGGACGGGAGGUUCGAGUCGUAUUAUGGGCAUCGUUACUGUCGGUUACUUGGCAUUCGCCAUUGUGUGGGCGACGAUGGUGAACCUCCUUUCGAUGUACACGACUACGAUGUGCUGGAAGAUCACGGGCGGGUGUGCACCAAAGUCGUGA